AUGGGGCAGGAAGCACCGAAGACGGAAAUGCGAGGAAUGCCGCAGGCGUAUUCCCAGCAGGACUUGCUCCAGAUCCAGCGCAAACCAACUUGGGCAAAAGCUUUUGUAAGAAAUUCCAGCAACCAAGUGCCCCUCGUUGAUAUCAACUGGAUUGCCAGCUUAGGGGAUGCGUUGGCGUAG